CCGUCACUUAAAACCGUUUUAGUGGCUCUCUCUCUCUCUCCGACAACUCUAGCAUUAAUAUUUUUAAAUAGAACUUUACUUCAUCGAUCGUACGGUUCAUAUAUGUUUACCAGUGGAAAAAGUUUAUAAAGAGAGCUAUAUAUAUGAGUGAUGAAUCGAUGUUUCAUUUGUUGUUUUGGCAAAAAUAAUAGAGCAAAAUCGUAGGGAACAUAUAUACGAAAAUUGAAUAAUUAAUGGCAACUUACCACAGUUUUGAUUUGGUUGACGGUAACGAAGAUCCCUCAUUACUGACGACUUCCGUCCGGCAGGAAUUCAGGCAAGCUACCAACUUGCCCUCCUCCCAGCCUCUCCCACCUGCUGAUCAAGCUCAGAAUUUGUUUGAAGGUAACGAAACUGAGCAGGGAGAUGUAAUUAGCGAUCAUCAUGAUGAUCUGAAAGGCCGGAUAGUGACUGAAACAAAGAAGCUAUGGAAAAUUGUGGGGCCAGCUAUCAUCUACCGUACAUCCAAUUACUCCAUGAAUGCAGUCACCCAAGCAUUUGCUGGCCACCUUGGUGUAACCCAAUUGGCUUCCAUGUGUAUUGCUGAAUCUGUCAUUGUUGCCUUCAACUUUGGCUUUCUGGUAAGUGUUAACCAUAAUUAACCAUCACAAUUAGCCAGCACCGAAUCUCAAAUUUUAAAUGGCUAAAAGUAUUAUUCCAUUGUUUGGAAUUAACCCCCACAUCUGUGUAAUACGAUAUUCGUAAUUAGUGUACAAAACGCUAAUCGAUCCCACCCACUCUUUUUAUAUAUCAGUUUUGAGUUGCGAGUCCAAAUCUUUCGUAAAGACAAUGGUUAGAUAAUUAAAAAUUCCUAUUUUCUUUUUUUUUGAAAUAAUUUAUUUUGUUUGAAUCUUUAUUUUUAGUACAAUUUAAAUUUAAAUUUGAAAAAUAACUUUGAUACUUGUAUAAUGUUUUUGAACAUAUUCCAAAGUUAAUUUUAGUGCUCUUUGUCGGGUCAUGGUAUGUGUGUGGCUGGCACUACUUUGGGAUUAGUGGUAUUGGCACUACUUUGGGAUUAGUGGGUAUUCCCUCUAGACCUAUAAAGGGAGGUCAUAGAAUGUUUUGUAUUAUGCCACGGCAGAAAAUUAGAAAAACUGAGUUAUAAAUGAUAACACUCAAGCGCAUUUACUCAGAAUCAACGGGUUUUAAAAUUUGAAAUUUGUAUUAUCUUAGUAAGAUAGUACAAAUUCGGAACUUUAUCAACGGGUUUUAAUUUUGUAUAGCUUUUUUGUUCAGUUGAUAAAGUUCCGACCUUUUUGCCCUGUAACUGCGGAAUGAUAUAAAUUAAUUCACAUCAUUGAUUUUUUACUUUGUAAAUUUAAUCAAAAAUUUUUUAUCUAUAAUAAUUACGUAGAUCCAUGUACGUAUAUUUUCAUUUACAUGUUUAUUAUGUUACACGUACAAUUUAGAUUCUAAUAAAUAGAUCAAAAUACAAACUAAAAUUAAACGAACUUUCGCAUCAUCGAUCAGUUACGUGAUGUUAUUUGCUUAGAUUGUACUUUGAUGAAUAAACAAACUUCGGGAUCUUGGAAAAUUAGUUUGGGAAAAUGGUGGUAAUUAAGUUGUAAAAACCUGUAAUGUUAAUAGUUGGGGAUGGCUACUGCAUUGGAGACCCUAUGUGGACAAGCUUACGGAGCCAGAAAGUACAACAAGUUAGGCAUAUACUUGCAAAGAUCAUGGAUCGUGCUCAGCUUCAGCAGCAUUCUGUUGUUGCCGAUAUACGUUUUCGCGACACCCGUUCUAAAUCUCCUUGGACAGCAACAUGAAGUGGCUGAGCUUGCUGGAGUGCUCUCCCUUUGGUUCAUCCCUAUGCAUUUGGCCAUUCCAUUUACAUGCUCCAUGCAGAAGUUCUUAAUGAGCCAGCUAAAAGUUAACAUUGUCGCGUUUAUCUCUGUUUCGACUUUACUGUUUCACAUCUUCAUCAGUUGGCUUUUGGUCUAUAAGUUUGAGUUUGGAGUUAUUGGAGCAGCAGUUGCUUUGGACAUCUCUUGGUGGAUUGCUUUCUUUGGCAUGUUUGUCUAUGUUGUCUUUGGCGGUUGGUGUCCCUUAACUUGGAAUGGAUUUUCCAUGGAAGCAUUUUCUGGACUUGGUGAAUUUCUUAAACUUUCAUCUGCCUCUGGAGUCAUGCUUUGUUUGGAAUUCUGGUACUAUAGAGUUUUGAUCAUAAUGACCGGCAACCUCAAGAAUGCCACCAUAGCCGUCGGAGCCCUGUCAGUAUGCAUGAGUAUCAACGGGUGGGAGCUGAUGAUUCCAUUUGCUUUUUUAGCCGCAACUGGAGUUAGAGUAGCGAAUGAACUGGGUGCAGGAAACGCAAAAGGAGCAAAAUUUGCAGCAAAGGUGUCCCUUGUGCAAUCUACUGUGCUUGGGGUCAUUUUCUGUGCUAUUAUCCUCAUUUUCAACGUGAAAUUAGCACAUAUAUUUUCAUCUAGCCUUGAGAUCAUUAUGGCUGUGCACAAACUCUCCUACCUCUUAGCCUUUACAAUUUUACUCAACAGUGUUCAACCAAUUUUGUCCGGAGUUGCUAUUGGUUCAGGAUGGCAAUCUUUGGUUGCCUGCACCAAUUUAGGAUGUUACUACAUUAUUGGUGUCCCGCUUGGAGUUGUGAUGGGAAUGGCACUUGACUUGGGCGUUAAGGGUAUUUGGUGUGCCAUGAUAAUAGGUGGUACUGCGGUUCAGACUGGAAUCCUGGCAGUCAUUACCAUUCGACGUGAUUGGGAUAAAGAGGCAAGGCAAGCAUUGUCCCGUCAUGAUAAGCCAAUUAUCAAGACCGAGCAGCAGCCAUUACCGGAAACAUCAACGGCGGAGCGAAAACCUCAAAUUCAAGGAUGAAAUGGCCAAGACCUAGGACCUCGUACAACAAAGGUGGAAUGGUCAGUCCCUUCAACACCGUGGAUGCUUUCACUCUGGAAAGGGUGACGUAGAGAUGUCCUUGAUUUUUUUAGCAAAAUGGAUGAUUUUUGCAUGUUCUAUAAUUGGGUAGUAAUUAUGCUCAUGUGGCCAUAAAAAAGAUGAGUCAGUGAGUGAAUAUGCUCUAUGUUACAGAUUCCAUAAUGCAAGUAGAAAAACAAAGUUGAUCAAUUAAUUAAUCUAAUUUCAUGGCUUUCAGAAAAAAAAAUGUAAGAAAUAUGGGAAAGAAUAAUAUCUUCUCAUUCAAUUACAAUGGAUGGAAGAAUGAAGAUAUUGUUACAUCUUUUGUCGACCUUGAAUCAUGCAACAUUGUACUUAUUGUUUUGGUCCUCCAGGUAUGUAAAACACGGCAGACGCACAUAAUAGCAAAGUGAAGUUAUUAGUUAUUUUAAUACCAGUAUUUAUUUGAAUCAUUUUACUUUGUUCGUGUUCAAAAAAU